AUGGUGGGACCCGACGAGAGAUAUAUGAGCGAGCAGAGAAUAGUGAGCGACUGCAUGGAUGACAAGAAGUGCGCCGCGCGCUAUGAGCCUUUUGUCCCAUGGAGACGUUCGAAGUGGUUCCCUAUUCCAGGAUCGGCCACGGGCACGGCUGAGGUGGUUUCGCCAGAGAUUGGGAAGAUCUACCAGGGGAACUACAACUAUACCUGCGACUUCAACAAGAAGUAG